UCCUAUUCGCUCUUUGGGGUGGGCCUUUCGUACUCAAAUCCGUACGGGGAAAGGACAAUUAUUCAGCAAAAUCUAGUGGAUGGGGUUCCAUAUUCAUGAAAAGCCAGGUUUGAACCAUGUUACGGAACCAAGACAAGAAUUCUUACUAAUAAUAAGAAAGGGCCUUAAGCAUAAUAAGUUCGGGUUAAGGGCCUCCAACGCCUAUAAAUAGAAGCUUCUUUCAGUCUAUAUUUUCAAAGAGAGAGGUAGAAGUCAGAAAGAAAGACUUUCAGUAAAACUGAAUGGAUAUCAUUGCCGAAAGACUGGCAACAAUUCGGAACGAAAUCCGUCAGGUAGAAAACCAGAAGCUCCAAUGUGAGCGAAUGCUUGGUCUGUUCUGGGAGCAUCCGCCCCCUCUCGAUCCUGAGGACGUAGGAAGAAGGAUGCAAUUUUUACGGGACCGCAUUCGAAGUCUAGAAAACCAAAAGAGGGCCCUCCUCAACGAAGAACAAGACCAGAUUGUGCAGGCCACCAACCUCUCCCGCGAUGACCAGGGAGACUAG